GGGCCGCGGCCGACAGCAGCUGCUCAGCCCAACGCGACCCUGCGCCCCGGCUCCACGCGAGGGCCCCCGGCGUCGCGGGGGCUGCUCCACACCCCAGGGGGUUCCGGCGCGCGGGGCGACCCCCGCACCUUCCUUCCUCAGCCAGGCCGCCCUGGCGCUGGAGGGCCGAAUCCCGAGAGCGCGAAAGAGCGCCCGUGGCCACAGGCAUCACUGCCCACGCGGGGAGGGUCCGGGUGGUCUCUGCUGCUGCCCCUCCCAGCUCUCCCUCGCGACUGCAGACUGCGCUUUCGAUUUUCCUCCCCACCCCCACCUGUGAUCCUUGACAAAAACGUGAGUGGGAGCUGGAAAAGCAAGCUGAUGCUUGGAGCUGGCGUGUCCCACUGCGUGUUGUGGUCCCUCCCUUCCAGGAUUGCAGAAACAGAAACAUACUGGAAAGCCAGCAUUCUCCCCUGCAGUGCGUGUGUGCGCCUGGGGACGAUCCAGAGGUGGGUCGCUCCUCGGAGCAGUGCUCCCUCCUGUCCUGCUCCUCGCCAAGCACCGUCGCUCCUCCAUAGCAACCCUGCGCGGUGUGUGACUGGCCCGAGCCCCCAGAGGGUAACACAAUGCAAUUGUAUUUGCACUGUCGGGUUCGUACUAUCAAAUGGUAAUAUUUACUCUUCCACUUCAAAGAGUUUUUAUCAGUGGUUAGAGAGCAAUAUCAAGGAAACAGAGUGGAUUGCUGCAGAGGUUUCUGACACUGUUGGCUCAGUGGCCAUUUCUGGUUUCUAUUUCCGUGACUUUAGAAAUAAAAUCUUGUGAUUUCGAGUAGUGGUGUUCAGGCAUAACUGCGUCUGCUGGCCUCCAAUGCAUAUGCAAAUACCCACGUUGAUGUUUUCAUAGGCAAGGAUUAAAUGAAACAAAUGCCCACAGACGUUGUGAAAUUUAAAAUGGGGAAAACUACCACUGGGAGAAUUGGUUUUGUGAAUGCACAACUAACUUAUCUGGAGAAGAAUGAGCUCGUGGAUGGUUGCCCGUGUACCGUUUUUGUAGCUUGAUAAAUCUGCCAUGACAUCCCAAGGAUAAAUCUCAGGGAAUCAAAAAGCUUAUUUCUCUCUUGCGUGCUAGACCUUCCGAUUUGACACCAUUUCUUCACUCAGAUUUAUUUGCUCUCGUGAUCCUUCAUCAAUAUUCAUUGAUUUUUCUCCCCGAUCCGAGGCACUGUGUGAGGAACAGCAAUAAGUGCCAGGUCCAUGCCUACAGCCCUUGUCCACGUGGAGCUGAUGUUCUAGUGGAGGAGGCAGAGAUGGACCACAGCAUGCAUAAGUUCACAAUGUGUUCACAUUUGUGGAGGGGACGUAGCCUGCUGUGAGGUUGUUGAACUGGAUGGGAGCAUCUGAUAAAGGUGGAAGGACCUUGGUUCUUAAAGAGCUAACAGCUGAUACUUGGCAGUCCUAAUACGUUGCAGCCUUCCACAUUAUUUUAGAGCUUUCUGAAGGACUCAUUCUUACUAUAAUAGGCUUUUUGUGGCAUUGAGUGUUCCUAGAUGCAAAGGUAAAUCAAAAUACACUGUUCUCAGUAAGAAAAAGAGAAGGGGAAGGAAAAACUAUAGGAAAAAGAUACAAAUGUUGAAACUCAUAUGCAUCCAUCGUGUUUUAUGGAGUCUUGUGGUCAGCUGGGAUUGUGUUUUUGUAGAAACAGCCUGGAACAUUCACUCAGUGUUAUGCGAGGCAGCUCAAUAUAUUUGCCUGUUUUAUGUAUGUGAUGAGGUAAAACUCUUGUUGGUAAACUGCUUGUAUUGUCAGAGCGAGGUGACAGCUCUGGAAGAAACAUUGGAUUUGCUGAACUCCCAUCUCUACAGUGAUUUGGACAUCUAGAGAAGAGCUGGGAGUCAUGGGAUCACUUCAAGUGCAUACGUGAAUGCCACACAGUACCACAGUUGCCUAAGUUUUAUGUGUGAAGCAGCACAGUAAAGCGUGGCAUUUGGUACAAGAGCAUAUACAGGGCUCAGCCAGAAAGAAGGAUGCUUUGCCUCAGCUCCUUGUUAGUAAUGAGGUUUGGGGCCAUCAAUUUUAAUUAGGAAAAUUUCGGCAAGUCUUUGUGAAUAACUGUGUGUGUGUGUGUGUGUGUGUGUGUGUUUAGGGCAUUUGUACCUUGCAAUUAGGUACAAUUUCCUAAACACUAAAUACUUUUAGUGUUUGCAACAUUGUAGCCAAACAGUUGCCAUGUUCACUGGUGCACCGUGGAUGGAGGUCAUAUAACUUGGACGAGGCUUUUCUUCUUCCGGAGUAAAAUUAAUGAACAAAACUGUGGACCACUGUAGCCCUCAGGCACAGAAGGAGUUCAGUUUCAUUAGAACAAGAGACUCCAACAUGCAGUUCGCUCUGAAGAGAGUCUGGAAGAUCAAGACAUGUUUUUGAAGGGUAAUUAACAAAAGUCAUCUUUGUAAUUUGCUUAAGAUGCUUACCUGUAUUUGGGAACUAUUUUCUUAAACAGAGUGUUAAAUUCUGCUAGGUGGUAUUAAAUGACUCCUAGGUAGGUAUUUAAAAGUCAGAAGCAGAAUAGCACAUCCAGGAACUUUAUUGUUUUAGAAUGGAUUUGGUUUUAGUUCUUCCUUUAUCACUGAUUUAUUUUGUGACGUUCCUACUUUUUAAGUUUCCUAUUAAUAUGCCAAGGACAAAAUGAUUCAGAAUGUUCAAAUGUCAUUAAAACGAUAUAAGGUAAGGUUUGAAGAGUGCUUUCUUUCUUUCUUUCUUUUUUUUUUUGAGACGGAGUUUCGCUCUUGUUACCCAGGCUGUAGUGCAAUGGAGUGAUCUCGGCUCACCGCAACCUCUGCUUCCUGGGUUCAGGCAGUUCUCCUGCCUCAGCCUCCUGAGUAGCUGGGAUUAUAGGCAUGCACCACCGUGCCCAGCUAAUUUUUUGCAUUUUUAGUAGAGACGGGGUUUCACCAAAUUGACCAGGAUGGUCUCGAUCUCUUGACCUCGUGAUCCACCCGCCUCGGCCUCCCAAAGUGCUGGGAUUACAGGCUUGGCCACCGCGCCUGGCCAAGUGCUUUCUUUCUUUAGAGAGAGAUGUGAAGGUUGAUGGUUAUUAAUUAGCUAAGAUUCUUUCUUUACUUUUCCCUCCCUUCUUUGCUUCCUUCUUUUCUGAUGGGAUUUCACUCUUGUUGUCCAGGCUGGAGUGCAGUGGUGUGAUCUUAGCUCACCGCCUCCUCCCAGGUUCAAGUGAUUCUCCUGCCUCAGCCUCCCCAGUAGCUGGGAUUACAGGCAUGCGCCACCACACCUGGCUAACUGUAUUUUUCGUAGAGACAGGGUUUCUCUAUGUUGGUCAGGGUGGUCUCAAACUCCUGACCUCAGGUGAUCCCCCCGCCUCGGCCUCCCAAAGUGCUGGGAUCACAGCCAUGAGCCACUGCACCCAGCCCGUUUUUCUUUCAAGGUAUUACCCCUGUCAGUUUGUAACUUCAUCUGUAUGUUUUCUAAAUAUGCUGCCGUGUGAGUUCUCACACUGCCUGUAGGUGGGUAACCAGCUCUGUUGAAUGCCCCCAGUUUUGUCUUUGGAACAGUGGGUUAAGGAGGGGAGGUGAAGGACUAGAGAGCCCAUGCAGGUGUAUUCGAUUGGUCCCAGGAGCUGGUGACUGGCUCUGAUGGCCUGAGAAGAAUCAGCCUAUUCUGAGCACUCCCCCAGAGGGUAGGGCUUCAUGGUGGAAGAUGACAUGAUUUGGGUAUAACUGAGUAGGUGGUGAUAGUGUUGGCUGAGGUAAGAAGUAGGAGGAGACAUGGAAUUGGAAGGAGCUCAGAGAGAAGGAUGAUAGUGAGUUUGGUUUUCCAUGCGUCGAGUCUGAGCUUUCUGGAAAGAGCUGGAGCGUGGAGGCAGAUUUAAUAAUAAAACAGUUUGUUGUUGGCUAUUUCAAGACCGGCGUGUGGAGGUGACAGCCAUGAGCUAGCAUAGCUCUGUUGCUGAUAUGCUGGGUUUCAUCCUUUCCAAUAGCAGCUUACCUGGACCCUGCUUUCUCAGCUGUGAUUCACGACAAACUCCAGGUCCCCAACACCAUCCGGAAGGCGUGGAAUGACCGGGACAACCGCUGUGACAUUUGUGCCACUCACCUGAACCAGCUGAAGCAGGAGGCCAUCCAGAUGGUGCUGGCCUUGGAGCAGGCCGCUGGCAGUGAGCACUACGACACCUCACCCAGCUCGCCCCCACCGCUCUUCAACAUCCCCACCCUGGUGGGGUCCCGGCAUGUGGGUGGGCUCCAGCAGCCCAGGGAGUGGGCCUUUGUGCCCGCUCCCUAUGCCACCUCCAACUACACAGGCCUUGUCAACAAGCACAGCAGCAAACCCAGCAGCCUUGGGGUCAGCAAUGGGGCGGAAAAGAAGAGUGGGUCCCCAAGUCACCAGGCCAAGGCCAGCCUCCAGAUGGACACCAGUCCAAGCAAUGGGAACAUCCUCAAUUCAGUGGCCAUCCAGGCUCACCAGUACCUGGAAGGCACCUGGUCCCUGUCGAGGACCAACGGGGUCACCCUGUACCCGUACCAGAUCUCCCAGCUGAUGACAGAGAGUGGCCGGGAAGGACUGACCGAAGCCGUGCUGAACCGCUACAAUGCAGACAAGCCUUCAGCCUGCAGCGUCCCCGCCUCGCAGGGCUCCUGCUUGGCCAACGAGACUUCUGCAGGUACCUCGGUGGCCGCUUCCUUCUUUGCACGAGCUGCCCAGAAGUUAAAUCUGUCUUCUAAAAAGAAGAAACACCGGCCUUCCGCUUCUUCCGCUGCCGAGCCGCCGCUCUUCGCCACCAGCUUCAGUGGGAUUCUGCAAACCUCCCCUCCCCCAGCCCCGCCCUGUCUGCUGAGAGCUGUCAACAAGGUGAAGGACACCCCGGGCCUGGGCAAGGUGAAAGUCAUGCUUCGCGUCUGUUCUACCUUGGCUCGAGAUACCUCAGAAUCCAGCUCUUUCUUAAAGGUGGACCCACGGAAGAAGCAGAUCACCUUGUAUGAUCCCCUGACUUGUGGAGGUCAAAAUGCCUUCCCCAAGAGAGGCAACCAGGUUCCUCCAAAGAUGUUUGCCUUUGAUGCGGUUUUCCCACAAGAUGCUUCUCAGGCUGAAGUGUGUGCGGGCACCGUGGCAGAAGUGAUCCAGUCUGUGGUCAACGGGGCAGACGGCUGCGUGUUCUGUUUCGGCCACGCCAAGCUGGGAAAAUCCUAUACCAUGAUUGGGAAGGACGAUUCCAUGCAGGACCUGGGCAUCAUCCCCUGUGCCAUCUCUUGGCUCUUCAAGCUCAUAAACGAACGGAAGGAAAAGACCGGCGCCCGUUUCUCGGUCCGGAUCUCUGCCGUGGAAGUGCGGGGGAAGGAGGAGAACCUGCGGGACCUGCUGUCGGAGGUGGCCACGGGCAGCCUGCAGGACGGCCAGUCCCCGGGCGUGUACCUUUGUGAGGACCCCAUCUGCGGCACGCAGCUGCAGAACCAGAGCGAGCUGCGGGCCCCCACCGCGGAGAAGGCCGCCUUCUUCCUGGACGCCGCCAUUGCCUCCCGCAGGAGCCACCAGCAGGACUGUGACGAGGACGACCACCGUAACUCACACAUGUUCUUCACACUGCACAUCUACCAGUACCGGAUGGAGAAGAGCGGGAAAGGCGGAAUGUCUGGAGGUCGCAGCCGCCUGCAUCUCAUUGAUCUUGGCAGCUGUGUGAAAGCACUUAGCAAAAAUCGAGACGGAGGCUCAGGGCUGUGCCUCUCACUGUCUGCUCUGGGCAAUGUCAUCCUGGCUCUGGUCAAUGGCAGCAAACACAUUCCGUACAAAGAGAGCAAGCUCGCCAUGCUGCUGCGGGAGUCUCUGGGGAACAUGAACUGCCGCACCACCAUGAUCGCGCACAUCUCGGCCGCAGCCGGGAACUACGCGGAGACCCUGUCCACCAUCCAGAUCGCGUCGAGAGUCUUGAGGAUGAAGAAAAAGAAGACAAAGUACACGUCCAGCUCCUCUGGGGGCGAGAGCUCCUGUGAAGAAGGCCGCAUGCGCAGGCCCACCCAGCUGAGACCCUUCCACACCAGGGCCACAGGGGACCCGGACUUCCCCAUCGCCCACCUGUCCAGCGACCCCGACUACUCCUCCAGCAGCGAGCAGUCCUGCGACACUGUCAUCUACAUCGGGCCCAAUGGCACAGCCCUGUCGGACAAGGAGCUCACUGACAAUGAGGGCCCCCCCGACUUUGUCCCUAUUGUGCCAGCCCUGCAGAAGACCCGGGGUGACAGCCGGCCUGCAGAGGCAGGAGAGGCUGCGGCCAGCAAGUCAGAAAGGGACUGCCUGAAGUGCAACACAUUUGCCGAGCUACAGGAGAGGCUGGACUGCAUCGACGGCAGCGAGGAGCCCAGCAAGUUUCCUUUCGAAGAACUGCCUGCUCAGUUUGUGGCAGAGUUGGCCAGCAGAGCCCUGCCGUUAAGCCAAGCAGCUGGGGCAAGCCCACUCUCUGAGUCUGAUAGGGAAGAUAAUGGGUCCGAAGGUCAGCUGACUGACAGAGAAGGCCCUGAAAAUCUGGCCUCCAAGAUGCAGAGGAGUCACUCACCAGUGCCCGCCUCAGCACCCACCCAUAGCCCCAGCCCAGCCUCGCCCAGGAGCAUCCCGGGCAGCAGCAGCCAGCACAGCACCUCCCCACUCGUGCAGAGCCCCAGCCUGCAGAGCAGCCGGGAGAGCCUGAACUCCUGCAGCUUCAUGGAAGGCAAGCCCAGGCCCAUGGGCUCCCCACGGCUGGGCAUUGCCAGCCUGUCCAAGACCUCAGAGUACAAGCCACCCAGCUCUCCUUCCCAGAGGUGCAAAGUCUACACCCAGAAGGGGGUCCUGCCAUCUCCCGCCCCCCUGCCUCCGUCAAGCAAGGAUUCUGGCAUGGUGUAUAGUGAGUCCUUGCUGCAGCCCGAGGUGCGUACACCCCCGGUCGGAAUGAGUCCCCAGGUUUUGAAAAAGUCCAUGUCUGCUGGAAGCGAAGGGUUCCCAGAAACUCCCGUGAAUGAUGAGCCUCAAGCAGUGACUCCUCCAGAUUCCAAGAAGGAGACCCUGAGCACCACGAUGGUGACUGUGCAGCAGCCGCUGGAGCUGAACGGUGAGGAUGAGCUGGUGUUCACGCUGGUGGAGGAGCUGACCAUCAGCGGGGUCCUGGACAGCGGCCGCCCCACCAGCAUCAUCAGCUUCAACAGCGACUGCUCCGUGCAGGCCCUGGCCUCAGGCUCGCGGCCCGUCAGCAUCAUCAGCAGCAUCAGCGAGGACCUGGAGUGCUACUCCAGCAUGGCCCCGGUCUCUGAGGUCAGCAUCACACAGUUCUUGCCCCUCCCAAAGAUGAGCCUGGAUGAGAAGGCCCAGGAGGCAGGGAGCAGACGCUCUUCCAUCAGCUCCUGGCUGAGCGAGAUGAGCGUGGGCAGUGAAGGCGAGCAGUCGUGCCACAGUUUCAUAGCCCAGACGUGUUUUGGGCACGGGGAGGCAAUGGCGGAACCCGCAGCCUCGGAGUUUGUCAGCAGCAUCCAGAACACGGCUGUGGUGUGCAGAGAGAAGCCCAAGGCCGGCCCCGACAACUUGCUUAUCCUGUCUGAGAUGGGGGGUGACUCCUUGAACAAAGCAACCCCCAUCAAAGGCUGCAAAAUAUCCACCCUGGGCAAGGCCAUGGUCACCAUCUCCAACACGGCGAAUCUCAGCAGCUGCGAGGGGUACAUCCCCAUGAAGACCAAUAUCACUGUUUACCCCUGCCUUGCCAUGAGCCCCCGGAGCAUCCAAGAGCCCGAGGCUGCCACUGCCACCCCCAAAGCAGGUCCCACAUCAGCCCAGUCCCAGGAGAGUAAGGAAAGCAGUGCAAAGAAAGAAAUGAAGUUUGAGGACCCCUGGCUGAAACGAGAAGUGGAAGUAAAAAAAGAGAAUGCUCAUCCCAAUGAAGAUGAGACUAUGUGUGAGAGCGCCAUGGGUCCCUUGAAGGCCGAGCCCAGGACAGAGCAGGAGCAGGACAGAAAGCCCAGCCCAGGCGACAGGCUCAGCAGCAGCAGCGGGGAGGUGUCGGCGUCCCCUGGCACCGACAGCUUCAGGAGGGUCGUGGAUGGAUGUGAGAUGGCCCUGCCUGGUUUGGCCACCCAGAGCCCCGUGUAUGCCAACAGAAGUGUCAAGUCCAGCAGCCUUCCUAGGGCAUUUCAGAAGGCCAGCCGGCAGGAGGAGCCCGACAGCCUCUUCUAUUACUGUGCUGCUGAGACCAGCGGGGUGGGCCCAGUCCCCGGCACGCAGCCCUCCAAGGCUACCCUGGAGAGGAAGGUGGCUUCCCCUAAGCACUGUGUCCUGGCUCGGCCCAAAGGCACUCCCCCUCUGCCCCCUGUCCGAAAGUCCAGCCUGGACCAGAAGAACCGGGCCAGCCCCCAGCACAGUGCCAGCAGCAGCGGCACCAGCAGCCCCCUGAACCAGCCAGCCGCCUUCCCAGCGGGCCUCCCAGAUGAGCCCAGCGGCAAGAUGAAGGAUGCCAGCAGCAGCAGCAAGCUCUUCAGUGCCAAGCUGGAGCAGCUGGCCAGCAGGACCAACUCUCUGGGCAGGUCGACCGUCAGCCACUAUGAAUGCCUCUCCCUGGAGCGGACCGAGAGCCUGUCCUCCGUGAGCUCCCGGCUGCACGCAGGCAAGGACAGUACCAUGCCCCGCGCGGGGAGGACCCUGGGCCGCGGCGCAGGGACGUCGCCCCCCAGCUCCUCCGCCGGGGCCUCGCCCAAGGCCAGCCAGUCCAAGGUCUCCGCCGUGAGCAAACUCCUCCUGGCCAGCCCCAAGGCGCGCAGCCUGUCCACCUCCACCACCAGGACCCUCAGCUUCUCCACCAAGUCUCUGCCUCAGUCGGUGGGGCAGAGCCCCGGCGCACCACCGGGCGGGAAGCACAUGUCCUGGUCCACGCAGUCGCUCAGCAGGACCCGCAGCUCGGGCCUGGCCUCCAAGCUGCCCCUGCGCGCCGUCAACGGGCGCAUCUCGGAGCUGCUGCAGGGCGGCGCGGGCGCACGUGGCGGUGCCCCGGCGGGGGACCGGCCCGAGGACAGGCCCGCGGCCGCGCAGCUGCUGCCGUCGCCCUACAGCAAGAUCACGCCCCCGAGGAGGCCGCACCGCUGCAGCAGCGGCCACGGGAGCGACAACAGCAGCGUGCUGAGCGGGGAGCUCCCGCCGGCCAUGGGGAAGACGGCCCUGUUCUACCACAGCGGUGGCAGCAGUGGCUACGAGAGCAUGAUGCGGGACAGCGAGGCCACCGGGAGCGCGUCCUCAGCGCAGGACUCCACCAGCGAGCACAGCGGCUCCGUGGGCGGGCGCUGCCGCAGCCUCAAAGCCCCAAAGAAGCGGCCCAAUUCAGGUUCUCAGAGACGGAGGCUCAUCCCAGCACUGUCCCUGGACACCUCCUCCCCGGUGAGAAAACCCACCAACAGCACAAGCCUCCGCUGGGUGGAUGGCCCCUUGCGCAGCAGCCAGAGGGGCCUCGGGGAGCCCUUUGAGAUUAAAGUCUAUGAAAUCGAUGACGUGGAGCGCCUGCAGCGGCGGCGAGGGGGCACUAGCAAGGAGGUCAUGUGCUUCAACGCAAAGCUGAAGAUCCUGGAGCACCGCCGGCAGAGGAUCGCCGAGGUCCGUGCCAAGUACGAGUGGCUGAUGCAGGAGCUGGAGGCAACCAAGCAGUAUCUGAUGCUGGAUCCCAACAAGUGGCUCAGCGAAUUUGACCUGGAGCAGGUUUGGGAGCUGGAUUCCCUGGAGUACCUGGAGGCACUGGAGUGUGUGACAGAACGCCUGGAGAGCCGCGUCAACUUCUGCAAGGCCCACCUCAUGAUGAUCACCUGCUUCGACGUCACCUCCAGGCGCCGGUAGAGAGCCAGACGCUUGUCCUAGCGGUCCCCCUGCUCCCCAGGACUUCAGAGAUGUCGCACGCCCCUCGGCCCUCUGUGCCGGAGCAUCAGAGACAGUGAAUGAGGAUGAAGGUUGGUGGCAAGUCUGGAGUGAGAGUUGAGCGGAAGGCGAGUUUUCUUUUGUUUUCUGUAGGAAGGGUGCAAACGCCAAACCCCCAUGGAAGGAGAAGAUGAUCGGAAGCCCGAGGGAUGUCCACACCCUGUGAGACUGGAAAAAGCACUUUGAGGACCUUUACAGACCUUGUUUGUACAUAAGAACUGCGAGCGGAAGAGACCUCACUCUUCUCUUGCUUUCGUGAGAAAGGAGUGGGGCGGGCGUAGGAUUGCUGUGGAACGGGAACACAGAACAAGAAAGCAAGCCCCAGAGGGACUGAUGAAGUGCCUUGCAAAUCCUUAUUAUCCAAACCUUUAUGUUCACACCUUCUCACGUACAGAUGGUGCUAGUCAGGAUGAAAACCACGAAACAUUUUUGAAACGUAUUUACAGCUCGUUUUCUCUUGGUGUUUUCUCCUAUUUCUGACUUGCUGUUUCUAAGUAAGUUGUGUUUGUAGAGAUAUUUCCUAAUCAGUAUUGCUUCUGAAUAAAUGUUAACUGUCUUCUACGGUUAUUCUGGUAAGGCCACUCAGAACAUGGGACUUCCUCAGCACGAGCCAGUGUGUGCGCUUGUGAAGCAGGUUCGCAGCAGCAGGUGCCAUUGAUGCCACAUCCCACGAGCAGCAUGGUCAGGGCAGACCCGGAAGGUUGACGUGGGGCAGGCGCUGUAGAGAAUAGGAGAGGAGACGGGCCUGCAGCUCUGUGGAAGAGGAGUCCUUUGCCACCUGGGUCCUCCCUCUCCUUGGAGGUGGGCUGUCUGUGUUCUGUCUAGAGCUGCCCCACUUUGGUCCUCACACACAUGUGGUUCCAUAGAUCCACAGUUUUCAUGGCCCUCAAAAUUCGUACUCAUUUUUAUUCCAAAGACUUGAAUGAAAGCUUGAACCAAUUCACCAGAGCCAUAUUUCUUUCUUAUUUUCUGGUGUUGUGAAUUUAUUAAAGUGGGUUUUCCCAGCUGAGAGACCUUGUCAAGUGUGUACAUACUCAGAGACUCCAACUGUAUUCCAUCAGAACAAGGAUUCUUGAGACUGUACAACUUGUCUGUUGUCCAGAGUACCUGAAUUUCAGCCUCCUGUGUCCCAAAGCCUCUAUACCAAGAAGCGACAGGCGUGUCCUCUCAGCCUUUGCCUCAACCCAAAGGCGGAGAGAGCGUGCUUUUCCCCUCCAUAACUCUCUCUCACAACCCUGGAAAGGCAAAGUCGAAUGACUAUGGAUGUCCAGGUCUUGGCUCCCACGACUCAAGACCUCAAAUUCAGAUGUUCCUCCCUCUAACAAUUCCCUUAGGAAUUAUCAUCCCCAUUUUAGUGAUGAAAACCUGGGGUACAGAGUGGUCAAGGGGUUUGCCUGAUAAAAGCUGUGGUGCUGAGAGUGUAGCCCAGAAUCCAAGAGUCCCUGCAGCCUUCACAUGUAGGACGGUGCUUAGGGGGUUGCAGAAUAUGGUCCCCUUUCGCCCUCAAAUGCGGCAUAUCUUCAUGAGCCUAUUUGCAAGCUAGGCUGUCUUCACUAAUCAACAACUCAGCCCUAGCCACUCCCCAGGGGAAAAGAACCCACUGCAUUUCCUGGUCAGUGUGUCUCUGGACACUGCAGCCCACAGGCUCCUGUGCUUUGAAGCCAGCUCCAUGGGUCAUGAGUCUGGCUUUGCACUUCCCUAAGAGUCUGCUCCUAUGCGAACAGCAGACAGGCCCAGAUCUGCUAGUGGAACAGGCUGAAUGAUGGUGAGAGGCUGCCCUGGAAGGGCUCCUUCUCCCCUCUGUGCAGCUCCCAAGUCUGACAGGUUUAUUGCCCUGGGAAGCAGGACCUCCCUUAGCUCCUGGACCUCCCUUAGCUCCUACACCUCCCCUCGUUCUGCAGGACAGUCCCGUGCUCUGGGCUGGCCUCCGGCCUCACAGCACUGUGGAAGUGGCCUUCCUUAACAGAAACACCCUCGGAGCUUCUGGGCCAGAAGGGAAGCCGAUCCUUUGAGGUUUCCAUUGGGUAUCUCCUGUUUGCUGGUUUCAAACAUUUACUUCAUGAAAAGCCUUUAAUUGGAGCUUUUCAAAGGUGCAUAUUCUGUUUUUGUUGGAAACAAACUCAUCUGAUUAGUCAUCAGGGAGCUUGGCAUUCGCCCUGCCACAUUUUCCCCUGAGGCUGCCAUGCUGUACUGACUCUCGCAUACCGAGGACAGGGCCUGGUGUCCUUCCUGGACGGAAACCAGAGGAAUCCUUCCUGGGGGAGUGGCGUUCGGCUUGCCUCCUGCCUGUCUGCUUUUAUCCAUUUGUAGCAACUUUAUGCUAUAACAAAAGGUUGAAUGAAACCAAGAGUUCUCUUACCAAGUCAGACUGGCUUCCCAAGACGCAGCCACAGAACCCCUCGCAGGACCCCGCAGGCAUGUGAAGGAGAACACUCUACACUGAUAUCCUUUCUCUCUCCUCUCUCCCUUUUUUUUGACCUAAAUAAGCUGCAGACAUCUUAAUUUAGCAAUCCUGAGAAACCACGUGAAGAAAUCAUGCAUUUUACAUUAUGAUGCGCUUGUUCCCGUCUCUGCCCAUACACUGACUACAGGGAUGAUGACUGGCCACUCUGAAGCACCCCAACAGCUGAAGGAUGCCUCUUACAGUGGCCAGAGGUGAGAGUGUUCCAGGUCUCCUGUCGGUUUUGGUGACAGGUAACCCAGAAGGCAAGGGAAAUGUCUAAGAGCCCAUUUCUAAAUUACCCACAAAUGAAGGGACUAGAAAAAAAACGUGGAUUUAAAAUUAACAUUUAGAUGCAUAGGUCUUAAUUCCUUGUCUAAAACCUGUCCUCCUGACCCUGCUCCAAAUACAUGAGUGUGAGGUGGUAGCAGCAGCAGCAGAGCAAAACUAAGAUCUAACAAAGGGCAAUGGUGAUACCGUUUCCCUGGGAGUAAGUCUGCAUUGCAUUUCAUGAUGGGGCUGCCUGCCGCCAGGGAGCGGUGGCGUGCUUUGUCACGGGCUCACGGACCCCACCUAAGAGCUGCGAACUGGAUCUUCUUGUCCUUGAAUUCCCCUCGACAUCAUGAGGAAGCUGUCUCUAACUUCCAUCUCUUCCGAAUUUGAACGGAACACCCUGCCUGGUGUUUAAUUGCCAACUGCCAUCCUUAACGUGGGGGAGCGUGAAGAUGCAAAUGCAGAGAUGUGUCCCAUCGUGACAAAGGUGGGAAUCGUACCAGGAGCCCUGAGCCCAAGAAGGGAUCAACAGCCAUACAUGGCAGCAUGGGGAAUUCCACAGGCAGGAACCUGGCCCGGUUUGUUGCAAAUUAGCCUUAAACUUGAAGUCGAAUACAUUCUUAUAAGGUGGCAGUGACUUCAGUCCGGCCGCAUCCACCAUCCAGGGUGGAGGUUCAAAACACCUUACACACACCUGCAAAUCUCAUGCCUGCUGCUCAGAGUUCUGUUUGUGUUGACAAAAAAUGCAGUCAUGCCCACCUGGGUGUGUGUCUCAUGUCCCUGUAAAGCAGCCACCUGUGGGUAGAAGGCAAGGCUGGUGGGUCUGCACAUUUGUUCAAUGCAAAUGCAGCCACCUAGACCAGCGGCCGCUGCUGAUUAUAGCGAGUGUUUUUAGGUUUCUUAUUCCAAAAAGGAUUUUAGACCGUAAAACCAAUGACUAAAGAUGAGUUAAUUUCCAAACUAAAAAUGGAAGGAUUCCUGCCUUUGCUCACUGUCCUUUCCUGCUGGACUAGUAACACACUAUUGGAGCUCAGACAAAAAGAGUCCCUCGCUUUUGAUGACAGUAUGUCUUAAACCCUGAGACCUUGCCAGUGAGAAACAGGUUGACAGGUUGAAAGUCCUGCUCGCUAUUAGUUGAGGCUAAGCCGUCUGCUGCCACUGUCCCUGGGCCUCCAGGCUGCCGCCAGGGUGUGAGGCCCAGCUGUCCUCUCACUGAGGGACACUCUUCAAUGCCACCACAUGGGAGUCUUCUGGGUGGGGUGGAAAGGCCAGUGCAGCCCACUUUUCUCUGCGCCAAAGGAAACAGCUGGGUGUUCAGUGUGGCUGAUGCAUGUAAAUGGCUCUAAAAUUCAGGGGGCUAAGGGGACAGGCGGUAGGGAUGCAGCAUUUCUUUGGAUUCUAAUGUCUCUUUUUUCCACCUCCAGAAAGUAUCGGUCUACAUUGGUGGGUAACAACUCAUAAAGUGUAUCACUUAGCAAUCUUCCUGACAAAGGGACACAUUUUAAAAUUACAGCCUGUUCAUGAUUUCCAUAAUCAUACAAGCAUAAUUCCAAUCCAGGAGAAGUGACUGCAGCAAAAAUGCUUUUUCCUAAAAAUUCCUAGAAGCUAAUUUAUCCCUCCCUAAACAAGUACAUUCCGCUUUUGGAGGCCCUACCUAGAACCUGCAGUGAUGUCACAAUAUUGGACAUAGUGGGGCGCAGGGCUGUAUGGAGCCUUCGCUGAUACAAUCCACAUUCUCUAAACACAGUGGUUCCCAGUAUCCACAUGUGUGGAGGCAUGUGCUGAAAUGCCACACUCACAUCUAUGUCAUGCACACACAGCAAUUACCUUCAGCACUGACAAAGCCGCCUCCUCUCAUUCGCCAAGCUGCUGACAGCCCGCAUCGUCAUACUCGAUUUCUGAAGAAGUUAUAAUUUAUGUGUAAAUGCAGGAUGUUGUCCCACAGCACUGCCUGUGUUCUUUGUUUACACGACACGGUUGGAAAUGCUACCCAAGCGCUACGCGUUGAAGUGGAGGUUUGCUAGAUCUGUCUGUGGCUAUCUUUUUCUAUGUUUUUCUCACUCUAGCAAAGUCUGUUCAUGGAGUCAUGGCCUGGGGGAUAGGGAAGGAUAGAUAAAUCAAGAGAAUAAGGAUUAGGGUCCAAUCUUCAAGGUACAGGGCUGAGUUCAAAAUCUAAGCUGUUUCUGUAGUAAGUAGCUGGAUAGGAAAGAUCCCUUCAUUCUGAAUUUGAUGAGAAUGGGCUUGGAAAUCCACUCCCACAGGCUUGUGUGGAAGAGGAUCCAACCUCUUCCUCCUGGUUCAACAUUAAAUUUCUGAGGAAAGUGCUGACAGUAUUAGUUCCCUACAUUUACCCACAACUCCCAUCCUGCCCCUGGGGCUGCUGAAGGGAGUUUGGGAAAGCAACGUGGAUAUAAACAGUACCUGUUUUGCUUCUUUUCUGGAAAAAACAAAGCACUUUAGUGAGUCUGACAACCUUAAGGCAUUCUGUCCCCUCCUGGAUCCCUGAGUAUCAAGGGUCAGUAGUCUUAUUUGAGAGGUGGCUGAACUUAGGAGCAAAAGCCUUGAGCUAGGAACAAGGAAACUGGGUCACCAGGCCUGGUUCUGUCACUAGCUCUGCAACCUGGGGCGAGUGUCUUCACUUUGCUGGGCCUCAGGUUCCCAAGUGGAAGACAGGGGUCAGAACAGCUGCCCUUCUAGGAUAACAUAAAGAGAAAAUGGUGUAAGUGACGGGAAGUGCUUUGAAGAAAUUGAAGCUCUGCCUCGGAGCUGGGGACAGUCAUUUACAGAUGAAGAAACUGAAGUCAGGAGCCACUGACCGGCCCAAGUUCAGAGUGGUUUCAUAGCCAAACUGGGACCUGAGUCCAGCUGCCCGGAUUCUUCCCAUUCGAUCAUGCUGCACCAGGUCUGUGCCGACAUGAACACACACGUCAUUCAUCUAACGUGUGUGCACACACAUGGGUGCGUGUGUACAGGAGGCACUUGACAUGGAGAAAGACACAGGACCGAACACCUGAGUUCUGGCUCCAGCUUUGACUCAGGUCCUGGCCGGGACCCAGUUCCUGGCUUCUCUGGAACAGGUUUUCUAACCUGUCAAAUGAAGACGCUGUGCUAGCUGAUCUUUGCGCUUCCUUCGAGCUCCAGGUCUCUGAGUCCACGAUUAGUGAUAUAUGUAUGUAUAUAUAAAUAUGCUUAUCUGUAGAAAUGGGCCCACUGGAAAAUUGGAGACAAGGCCUGCCCAGGUGCAUUUAUUGUGCCAGAAACAGCAAAUUCCUAGUAAGUUUAUGAAGUCUUGUUUGACAGUUCAAUGGUAGUGCUGAAUGUUACUGUCUGAGAUCCACUGUUCAACCAGAUAGGUGAUUGGUGCCAUUUAAAAAAUUACUAGUUCACAAGUGUUUGCUGUUCAAAUUCUUCAAUAAAACUCAUUUGUUAAAGUCAGAAAUUAAACUCUUCUGUACUUGGGCAGGUCCCAACAGCCCCCUGCAGGCUGGUUUUGUGCAUGGGCCUUUGCAUAGAUACAUAAAAGUUAGGUGUUGGCUUGAUCAUGAUAAAUGUAUGAGCAGGCUCCCUGGAGAACAGUCAAGAAAAAAGCGUUAUAGUUCUCCCAAACUGGGGACAUGAAUCCAUUAAGCUGUGUGGCAUUUCCAGUGUAGACAUUGUUUGCUGGCUGCGAUCUCUUUUUGUGGCAUAUGAGGUGUAAAAUGUUGUCAGAAAAGAACCUGGUGUUUAAAAGAAUCAAACUGUGGUGGCAUUAAAUGUUCACUUUUAUUCUA